AUGUUGGUGGUGCUGUUGGUGGUGGUUUCGCCGGUGGAUGCGGUCCUCGUCGAUUUCCAGAAUUGCCUCAGCCAGUCGGUCAUCCAGUCCAGCCCGCUACAGCUCCAAUUUAUCCCGCUCGAUGUAUCGGUCACGUUCGAUCCGCAGAGUUCACUUCAUCCGCUGAAUGUCACCGUCUACGGCAACGUUUCGGGGACGGCCGACCGUCGCUUGACCUAUCCGCUGCCCGAUGACCCUCAGUGGAUCAACCCGAAUGAGACCGUGGGGAAGAUUACCGAUCUAGAUACGUCGAACAACAAGUUUUCCACCCUGUUGACGUCCGUCGACGUCGUGUCGUUCUCGCCGUAUCGCGACGCCUCCAGGUUCUGCGAUUCGGUGCAAGGAGACUGUCCGCUCGUGCCCGCCUUUUACGCGAAUGCGAGUGACCUCGCGUCGUUACGCUCGUUUUCGGUCCAACAUGAUAUGUCGUCCGCAUACCACUUUUCCACCCUCGCCGCGUCCUUCACGAUCAAGUCCGGCAACCAGGCAGCCACCAAGCUCGGGUGCGUGAAGGUCGAUAUCACCCCGGACCUGGGCUCGUCGUUGCGGAACGCCCUCGCCUACGUGCCGCUGGUCAUCUUGAUCUUCGUCGGAGUCGCGACGAUCACCGCCGCCAUUUACAGCCCGUGGGGCACCACCAACCCGUUCCACUGGACGAGCAACUACGGCCGAGACGAGGAUGUUCUGCGAUUGGUGACGCCCGGUUUCGGGGAUUGCCUGCAGUAUAUCCAAUUUACCGUCCUGACGGGGGCGCUGUCGUUGAACUACCCUGGGUAUUACCAGCCCGUGGUCAGCCAGGCGGCGUGGUCGAGCCUGCUGUUCAACCAGACAUUUAUGAACCAGGGAGAGGAGCGGAACCCCGUGGUCGAUGGCGUGUAUGCCGUGAACGAGACCUACGGUCUAGACCGAUUGGAGCACUACGUGGGAAUGCCGUCCGAGCGGGACAUGUGGCCCGGGAUGAUCGUCUGGCUGUUGGUCAUCGUGCUCGCCGUCACUCUGUUGAUCCAGGUGGCGUUCGGCUUCCGGUGGCUGCAUCGCGCGCUGGCCAACGUCCCGGAGGAGGACCUGCGCGCGAAAAACUGGCCCUUCACCAUCGGCAAUGUGAUCCGGAUCGUCUUCAACUACCUCUUCCUGCCGAUGGUCUCCAUCUCCUUCUUCCAGCUGGUGAUCGCCGGUCGCUCGCCCGCAUACUCGGUCGUGUUCGCCGUGAUCCUAAUCCUGAUCGCCAUCGCCUUCUGCCUCUGGACCGUCCGGCUCAUCGUCACCACCCGCCCCAAGUCCUACCUGUAUGAUGACCUGUCGACGGUCCUCCUGUACGGGCCGCUGUACAACACCUUCUGCGACGAUGCCGCCGCCUUUGCGGCCGUGCCGCUGUUUGUCACCUUUGCCCGCGGGGUCGCGAUCGGUGCCCUCCAACCGUCCGGGAUCGCGCAGAUCGUGCUGUUGGCGAUCUGCGAGGUGGUCUCCCUGCUGACCCUGAUGGCCUUCAAGCCGUUCCCGCCACCGACGUCGAUGAACCUGUAUCACGCCUGCUUCUCCAUAGUGCGGUUCCUCACGAUCUUGCUCUCCGUGGUCUUUGUCCCAUCGUUGCAAGUCUCCCAGUCGGCGCGGGGGUGGAUCGGAUACAUCAUCCUCCUGCUGCACGGAUUGGUCCUGGUCUUUGGUUUCUUCCUGAACGCAUUGCAGACUCUGAUCGAAGUCGUCGCCCGUCUUGCCGGUGCCGGUGGCUAUGAGGGGGGUGUUACCCGUGGUGGUCUCGUCAAGGUAUUUGGCAUGCGACAACUCUCGCGUCGUGUUCCGCGGCGUGACGUGGGGACGCGCCAAAGCAUGGGCUCCGAAGCGGCGAUGUUGGCCCACACGGACGAUCGGCUGUCGUCGCAAUUCGAUGGCUCGAGACCACGAAGUCUCUCGGGCAGCUCGGCGUUGCUCCUGAACCGCGCUGGGGCUAGCGAUGGCCGAGCCAGUGCCUUCUUCGACACCGGCAGUGCCCACGGGGGAGCUCACAGUCGCGCCAACAGCAGUGGAUUCUAUACCCCGACACCCGGGGCAGGAUACCAGACCACCGGCAGUAAUUCGCCCAAGAGUGGGCCGGUCUUCAUGCAACCCCACGAUCCUUACUACCGGCCUCCGCGUCCUCGCCGGAAAGUGACGGAGUCGCGCCCUUCGACAGAACACGCCCGAUCGUACUCCGAGAGCGCCUCACGCGGGCCGUACGGAGACGGGGAGGACGAUAUUGUCGAGGCGACGCGGUCGGGUCGGAACACACCUGUUCCCGCAUACAUCCCCACCCCGAAGGACGACCUCGACUUCGAAGAACCCCGCCGCUCGAGAAAGGACUAUGCGGUCCGUGAGGUGGAUUUCUACUACCGGGUCCGUGGUCCACCUCUGUCCCAUACAGGCACGCGGAAACUCAAGACGGGUCCGGCGGAUCCUACAGGCCCGGUGUCGUCGGCCACGGGCUUUUUCCGCAACCUGUUCCAGGGCAAGACCAAGGAGAAAGGCAAAGGCUUCGAGGUGGUCCGCAGCGCACGGGCGCCGCCGCCAGGGCUGAUGGCCGACGGGGAAGAAUUCCACGAGCCAUACCGGGACGAGCCGGACGAGCCAGGGGCCGGUGGUCGGCCUGCGGCGUCGGGAGGUCCCUCCGCGGAACACGAUUCGGACGGCGCCGGUGCAUCCCGCAGCGCGGAGGCCGCGUUGACCCUGCCCCCGGUGGACACGGGCGACGACAUCGAAUUGCCGCGUCGUGGGAGCUCGCGCCACAGCACCGCCUCAGGGGGGACGGAGACUCGGCGCAGCCGGCGGGCUGACUCGAUCAGCUCGCUAGGCGAAGAGGAUCUGUCGCAGCGAUCGCUGCCCGUGGUAACGGAAGCGGUGUCGGCGGAGGCCCACGAGUCAGGUCCCUACGGCGGGUCGAAUUUUUCACCGGGCUAUCUCCACCACUCGUCUUCGGUGACCGGUCGACUCCCGUUUAGUGCGACGAGCUCGCCCUCCCGCGACCGAAACAUGUCCAUCGCGUCGACGACGGGGUCAACCUCGUCUAGCCGGCAGCAGGGACGUCCCUCGAGUAUGGGGUACGUGGCGCAACACCGGACUCGCGACAAUAUCCAUGAACGCAGUGGCGACGAGCCGACCUUUACCGGGAGUGCAGCGGAGCUAGUGGACGACCUACACCAUGAUAGCCGGUAG